CCUGUCCUGGAUGACUAUAAAAUAUGAAUUACGAGUAAUGGUUAAACAUUGUUUCUGCUGUCGAGACUUGGAAAACGUGAAGAUGAAGACUCUAAUGAAUAUUGCUUUCGUUCUUAGUUUUAGUGUGGCUGUACUGUGCGAAGUUCCUUUGCCUCCAUUUUGUGAUUUAACUAAUGACCAAUUAGAGGAGUUUCUUACGUGUGAAGGAAAGAAGUCCCCUGCAUGGUUUGUGGAGGUAUAUGAAGAUUGCAAAGAUAAACAUAUGCCUGGCACUACCGACGUGGAAGCUAUGAGAAAAAUAUGUGAAGGAGAAGAAUCAGGAAAGAAGUUUGCCAUAUGUCUGAAACCUGCAAUUGAUUUAAUAGAAGAUGAGCUGAAGAAAAUUGAAGGAGAAUGUUUACGUCAAGUAGUGGGUUAGAAACUUUUAAACUAUGGCAGCACCUGUUUACUCUUUCAAUAGAUAAAGUAUUUUUAGAUUUUUUUUGUUAUACAAAUUCCUGAUUUGUAAGCAAUACAUUAAAAAUACACAUAUUAAAACAA